GUUGGCUGUAAAAAAGUGUGCUGUGCAGUUUACCAGAUCUCACAGUAAUGUUAGCUAGUCAUCCAGAUAAGCAAACGUUUUGGGCUGUCGACUUUAUAGUUUGACAAGGUAGCUAGAUGUUGCAGAGCUCGCUGAUGCAAAGCUACAUUUUAGUGGUAGGACGAAGUUUUGUUUCAGGGUCCGCUUAAACAGUCCGUAAUUUGGACCAGUUUGACAAGCCACUGACACUGGAAGCGUUUGUUUUGACUUCCCUAGACUCCCUACACCGCGGUCCUACGAAGGCUCAAAUUGUAACGUUAUAAAGAAUAGAAACAUGAGCUUUCUAUUUGGCAAUCGGUCGUCCAAGACCUUCAAGCCCAAGAAGAACAUCCCGGAGGGAUCUCACCAGUAUGAGCUGCUGAAACAUGCCGAGGCGACACUGGGCAGUGGGAACUUACGCAUGGCUGUCAUGCUACCCGAUGGGGAAGACUUGAACGAGUGGGUGGCAGUCAACACUGUAGAUUUCUUCAACCAGAUCAACAUGCUCUAUGGCACCAUAACAGACUUCUGCACUGAAGAGAGCUGUUCUGUCAUGUCUGCUGGGCCUAAAUAUGAGUAUCAUUGGGCAGAUGGAACCAACAUCAAGAAGCCGAUCAAAUGUUCAGCUCCCAAGUACAUUGAUUACCUAAUGACCUGGGUGCAGGACCAGCUCGAUGACGAGACACUCUUUCCGUCUAAGAUAGGUGUCCCGUUCAGGCGUAACUUUAUGUCUGUGGCCAAGACCAUCCUGAAACGCCUGUUCAGGGUCUACGCCCACAUCUACCACCAACACUUUGACUCUGUGAUGCAGCUGCAGGAGGAGGCCCACCUCAACACCUCCUUCAAACACUUCAUCUUCUUCGUUCAGGAGUUUAACUUGAUUGACAGGAAAGAGCUGGUGCCACUCCAGGAGCUGAUUGAUAAGCUGACCACCAAGGACAGAUAAACCCAGACUGACUGAUCCUUUUAACUCAGUGGUAGUCUACUAUUCUUUUUUCACAGUUAUCUGUUCUACCCUGCCCUGCCAUGCGCUGGCUAUAUGUAUACAGCAUACGCUAACUUUGGGGAAAUUUUCUCAAGAAAGCCAAGUAAGUAAGGAACAGUCUUACACUGUCAUAGGCAAAGGGGUUAGACUAUGACAGAGUACUAUACUACUGUCUGAGCCGGUAUGUGCUCAUUAUGGUUGGUUUCAUUAGUUUAUUUGCAAUUUGGAGCGAUCCCUAAAACUGAAAUCACUGGUAUUUAUUAGCUUCCUCUAUUUGGUGUAUAUUUAUCAGAUGCUCAUACUAAAACCUACCACUAUAGAUGGCACAUUCAUACAUAGAGGAUAUGUAAGAAAUAAAGGACUACGUAACUAUUGUACAAAUAUUUGAGCAUAUUGGUCACAUUGGUGAUAACUGCAACAAAACUCCUUACAUUAGGUUGAAGAAAUGACCCCAUUGCCUGGUCUUGGCAUAAUGAAAUGACUGGAUUUAAUGGAUUGUGGGCUAACCAAAACCCAAAUACAGUUGACAUAACUCACCAAACAAGAGUUGAUAUAUAACGCAUCAAACGUACAUUGAUAAAACUGUAAACAGAGUUGGUAUAAUUCAUCAAACAGAGUUGAUGAUAUUUCGAAGUGCCUGAUUUAUGGUUCACGCUUAGCCUCGUACUACCAUCCUGAUCUCGUGAGCUUACAUAAAUAUGUCAGUGUAGGCAAACAUAUAUAUGUAAGCUUGCGAGAUCAAGAUGGUAGUAUGAGGCUAGUUCACUCACUCUCCCACAGAACAACAAAAUAAAUGCACAACGUACUGGUGGCUACAAAAGGGAACAUUUGCCGUCACUGGCUUCUCUUGAGAUUCCAUUGAAGUGUUACUUUAUGUAACUAUAAAAGCGCAGCUUUAAUAUGAAUGAAGAAAUUUAAAUCUGAGGUUUGGGUCCAUGUUUUAAUUUGCCUCAAAACAUAUGGUCAUUUUUUUAAAGUCUGUUUUCGUCUAGAUACAACUGCAGUAGUUUAAACUGUUACAAUGCCAGUAAUCCAGUAAUGGCAAAAGCUGUAUUUGAUGGGCCACAUACAGUAUACAAGUAAAAUAUUGUGUUUGAGGCCAAGAGCACCAUAGUUAUAGCCUUUGUUGUCUUACCAGCCAUAAAGCACUUUGAACAGUUUCCUGACCUCUUUUGCCUGAAUGUUUUUCCUUUAUGGCAAAUAUGCUGUCUCUUCUCUUUUAGAAACUGUACUGAACUACAUCAUUUAGGCUACUGUUGCAUUUUUUCCCCAUAUAAUGUUACUAAAGUGAUGAGCCACGUAGUAAACUAUAAUAGCACAUUCAGUGCUAUCUGCGUAUGCUUCUUUCAAUCGUGUGAUUUCCUAUGCCUUUUGUAAUGUCUGUUGAGUAAUAUAUUGCUGUGCUGCAGAGGGAUGGAAUCCAAAAUGAAAAUGUUUACUAUGCAAUAAUGGUCAUGCCACUCUUCAAAGUGUAAACGAUUACUAUUUUCCAUUAAUACAGAUGGGAUCAAAUGCUUUCUUUCCUUGUGUUAUUCAGAGGUAGUGGUGUUUAAAGUAGUAGAUAUUGGUACUGAGACACGUUGUUGUAGGACUUAACUAUAGACCUACUACAGUAUGCAGUAAAACAUGAAAGCAAUGGAAUAUGUUGUUUAAAUGCCAUUUUAUAUUGUUAUCUUUUCAGGAAGAUUUGAUAUGGAGAUGCAACUAACUUCUGCUAUGAAAUCCAUACUGUAAAUACAACAAUGCGGCCAGAAUUUUGCUUUGAUGUCAUAUUUUGGUAGCCGGCAUGGACUGGUAGUUGUAAGUCUAUUAACGAAUGCUAAAAUGUUAUUAGGUUACACCAUGUCAUAUUUCCUUCUUACGUAUAUAUCAAUGUGUUAUUUUGACUUAGCUUUAGAAAAUGAACAUGAUUGUGUUGUUCAGAAGGUGGUAAAGUAACAAACCAUCUGCCAUGCUUCUCUGAGAACAUGAAAAUGCUUGUUUAUCACAGCAGAAUUUGAUCCCCUGUCUGUAUAUUCCCAUUGCUGUAAUAUAGAGAAUCUUCUAAUGACUGAGUUGUAAAUAAUGAAUUGGCUAGGGAAUUUGAAAGUUACUGAACUGUAAGAUACUGAAUGCUGUUUAUGAAGGAAAUAAAGGUGUUCUUUGACCAGA